GGCUGCAGUUCCGCCAGCAGCCACAUGGCGGCGCUGUUUCCCCGCCGCCAGAACUACCUGUAUUUGGUGAAGGACUAUAUGUUGUAAAAAUCUUCCAAACUGUUGUUUUUCGCCCGGUUUUCGGCUCUGGGGGGUCCGGUCCGUGUUCGGGCAGCUCUGGGGACUCUGCCCUCCGUGUUCUGGCGAACCCGUCCGGGUUCGGCAGGUCUGGACAGCUUCGGAACAGGAUUUGGGUCUGUGGUUGGAGGUUUUACUGCAAAAACAAGUUAGCUCAACAGCUAAUCCUCAAAGUGUCGGUCGGCUUUGAAAAGUCCCCGCUGGGCGCAAACGGACCGGGGGAGCCGAAGUUUGUCCGCCAACCGGACUUUAUCGUCGGGGGUUAGACAUUUUACCCCGUUUGUGCGUUUUUCUGUUUGUACGGAGCAGCAGCUGGAUCGGUUCUGCUGGGAUAAAUGUCGCUCGGGUCCGCAUCCCCGUUCAGAUCCGGACGGGUUUUGCGGUGGAAGAUGCGAUAAGGCGGCGGCAGUUGGGCUGUUGGGUCCGCUGACGCGGCGGCUCUGACUGCUGCCACUGAGGCCUGCAGGUCGGGCUUCCGCCGGGCUAGAGUACAGCCCCAGCCCGCCGUUGGAGCGUCGGAGGCCGGCUUCCCACGCCGCCACUGCUGGGCCUGCGCGGCAAGGGAUGGAACGGAUGGAAGUGGACCAAUGCGCAGGCGCAGGAGGCGGGGCUCUUCGGAGAUCAAACAGCGCCCCCAUGAUUACCAACGUCAGUGACGGGAUGACCGUCUUCAGCCCGGUGUCCUCGGCCCGGUACCGACGCAGCAGCGUGUCCAUCAACCCGUCACAGGUCGUCCCCCUGUCCCCCUUCUCCCUCAGCGGAGACAGACUGGACCACAAGAGGCCGGAGGAGAGCAUGGAGACGAUGCUGCGAGGCGCCGCGCUCAGACUCAGUCCUUCCAGCCCGGUUCCGGCUCCGCCAGUCAGUCAGUGGCCGGCCCGGUCCCCUACGUGGUUUCCGUCUCAGGACAGCGGCGUCACGCCCAACUCGUCCCCCAGUCCCACCCGGAGGUUCAGCAGACCUGCGGCCGGCGCCGGCGUCCGGUGGCCCGUCCUGACGCCUCUCAAGAGGAAAGGCGGGGUGGACUCAGACGGACCUCCCAAGAAGCUGUUUGUUGCCGGGGUAACAGACCCCGCCCACCGCGGCAGCGGCUACACCGUCAGCGUCUCUCAGUCGACGGUGGACGCUCCGCCUGUAGGGGGCGUCGGCCCGCAGCCCCGCCCACUUUCUCUGGCUCCGCCCCCCGCCUUCACGCCCCAUCAGCACCCCAGACACUAGAGCUCCGCCCCUCCCUGUGGGUCCACUGCAGGAGCCGCCCUCACCGCACCUUAUUUUAUCCAAUCAGCUGCCAGCAUCAGCGUAAGCCCCGCCUCCUCCUGCAGACAUGUUGGACAGGUCACCUUGGCUCCCCUGAAGCUCUGCCAGCGAGCGCCUGGCCCGUCAGAACCGAGGCCGGACCUGAGGACACGCUGGCUGUGUCUCUGGGCCUCCUGGGUCAACAGCAGCGGACCGUGAUGGAGGCGACGCGCAGACAGAACCAGAACCAGAACCGGGUCCGAAACCUCCUCGCCGGGUCAGAGCUCCGUUUAAACCAGUCCGGUGAUCCUGGUUCUGCCGGUCCGGGUCGUCCCGGGAGGUUCAGGUUGUGUUCCAGCCUGUUCCUGCAGGUGGUUUGGAGAACCUUCAGCAGAACUUUCAGGUGUUCUGGUUCUGCCUGGAGGUCCAGGAACAUCUGGACCCGUCUUCAUCCGUGUCCGUCUUCAGCUCCUGGGUUCCUGAAGGUUCCGGGUCGAGGCUCCCAGUCAGCAGAACUGGACUUGGUUCUUCCUCUCUCACCGUCAUCAGAACCAUUGAUCACGUUUUCAUGUCUAAUGUCGACCCGGUAAAGUUCUCAUCAGGCCCGUUUCCCCCUGGGUCGGGUCACCGUGCUGCCCGGUCAGCAGGUGGCGCUGUAGGCGGGGAACCGGUCCACAUACCUGCUUAGACGACCCGGUCCAGUAAGGAUUAGAACCUGGGUCAGCGUUCUGGGCCAGGAUUAGAACCACUGGGUCCAGAUCUGGUUCCAGAACCUCGUUUAGUUACAAUAACUCUCAGCGGUGGUUUUCUUUCGGACUCACUGGAGCGGUUCUGGUUCUGGUCCAGCUCUCCUUUGACUAGGCCAGUGUUUCCAGAGCGCUGGUUCUGGUUCUGUGGUCUUCCCACUCAUGUUCUGACCAGAACUGUUGUGCUGCAAACAGAACCGGUUCUGGCCUUCAGAGAGUUCUGAACCCAGAAAAUCUUAAGUGAGGCGAUUUUGCACAUAUUCAGAACCAUUAAAGUUCUGUUCAGAACCAUCAUCAUUCACUCCUUUUCAUGGUGGUUCUGAUGAUGAACCGCUGGUAAUAUCUGACCCGUCUGGUUCUGAAGUCUGUGGAGCCUCAGCGGGACCUACAGAGGACUCCAGCGGAUCAGAACCAGGCCCGGUUCUUGGUCUGCUUUUGCACUUUGACAGUAUUGUAGUUUUAUACUUCCCUCCAUCGCUGUGCCUGAACGGGUCGCCGACCCGAACCCGGUGCCAUCUGUGUUCAUACGUGGAGCUGCUCUUUAACAGAACCGGGACAGAACCCGGACAGAACCGCUCUACUCCUUUUCUCCAGACCUUUGUUGCUUCUCUGUUGCUGCUUUAUUUCUGGCCUCGUUACCGACUCAGAGGGUCCGAUCCGUUCCAGGGAGCCCGGUUCUGACCGGGCUGCUGACCGGACCGGCCGGGUUCUGGAGCGGUUUGGACUCUCUGAGGUAACGUUGCUGUACAGGCGCCGUAGCUUUAAGUCGCUUCUUAUUUGCACAUUUCCUCCACAUCCCUGUUACCGACCAGAACCGUGAAGAGGAGCCGGUUCUCCUGGGUCCGGAUCUCAGAGCGAUUCUGGAGAACCGGAGCUUCCAGGAAGCUUUUUAAGCCAAAAAGAUCUCCAGUAAAGCGGGCCGAAGGAUCCUGACUGAACCUCUGGCCCGGCUCACGUUUUGGUUCCGCUGAGGUCCGUUUGGGUCUCGGUUCUCUUCCCGCCUCCCAGGAAACGGACGUUGUAGCAAAGGCAGAAGGAGCUGCUUCAGUAUUAAAGUGACGUUCUGGAAGACCAAAGUCUGGUACCGGCCCAAAGUUUCCCAGCUGGUCGGGUCCCGCAGAGACCCGCCCGGCCCGGUCCGGUCCGGUCCGGUCCUCCUGCUUUCAGCCAGAACCUUGGAAGUAGAUCAGCUGAAUGAAAUGUGGCUGAACUUUCUUCAGAACCGGGUCCAGAACCGGGUCCAGAAGGGCUGCGGGGCUUUAAAGGGAACUAAAAGCACAUGGGUUCUGUUUCCUCUGUAAAUAUCUUUUUCAGCGCAGACGACGUAUUUUUAUGAGACGGUCAUUCCCAGAGUCCAGCUUUUAUUUUAUCAUGUCCAUCAUAAAUAUGAUUAUAUAUUGUUUAUUAAAUCAGUGAAAUGAAA